AUGUCUCUGACGGCACCGAUAACCCUCGCUUCGUCAUCCGUCAAUGCAACUAAGACAAAUACAGACGUAUACCAUGACAUGUUCAAGGAUGAAGAUAUACAGUCUACAGAAAGUGGUCACGAGACAGCUUUAUCAGGGGGAAUGACUGUCGAGCUUGAUGGCAUUGCUCAAGCCUCGCCAGACACUUGCUCCAAUCAGUCUCUCGACAGGGCUGACGUUCUAUUGGCGCCGCAUCUCCCUCGAUUUAUCAAAUCUCUCCCAUCCCACCUGGACGAGGAUGAUUUGCGAUAUCUACAAGCGCGAGGGUGCUUUACGUUUCUCGCUACGGAGCUGGAGAAAGUCGUUAUCCGCAGAUACGCAGAAUUUAUUCACCCGUUGGUACCGGUCCUCGACCUUGAUGAAUUUGUUGACAUACUUUUCGGGGAUAUGCCGAAGAAGAUGUCUCUACUUCUGUAUCAUGCGGUAAUGUGUGCUGGUUUGGCCGCUGUUGACAUACAGACAAUUCUUGACCACGGGUUUGAGUCAAAAGUUGCUGCGAGAAAACAGUACUAUACCAAAGCCAAGGUAUUAUUUGAUAUGGACGUUGAAUCGGACCGUCUGGUAGCAUGCCAAGCAGCCCUCCUACUUAUCAGCUGGGGCAGCUAUGAGCACUCUAGGGAUGCGUAUUAUUGGCUGGGCAUUGCGAUCAGCCAGGCAUGUUCCUUGAGGCUUCACAUGCCUGACAGAGAUACCAACCUUCCUAAAAGCGAGCAAACGUUGCGCCGGAGAAUUUGGUGGACUCUGAUCAUCAAAGAGUGCGAUGUGUGCCUGACAUUGGGAAGGCCACCACGUAUAUCACCCCAUCGCACGGCUCUCCCUCAGCACGACGUAUUCACGAAUACUUCCCAACUCAGCAAUUACUCACGUUUGCCGGAAACUGGAAAGCUUCGGGGAGAUCCAUGGAUACAGCGGCGACUCGAGAUGGCAUAUAUUGAGAAGGCCAAGCUUGCAGCGAUCAUCUACCGAAUCCUAAGACUUGCCUCUUCUAAUGACGACUUUGUCAGCUCACAAAGGAAUCGAAAUGCAAGGAUUUGGCAGCUUGAAUCAGAACUCAAAGAUUGGCGACUCCAGCUGCCCAUGGAGUUGACAUCAUUUGAUACGGCUUUGAAUUUGUCGGAAGACGCAGAUAGGUCGUUGCAGAUGACUAUGUCGAUCUUACAUCUAACUCAACUUAUGGCGCUGAUAAUGCUGCAUAAGAGCGAGGUGUCUGUUGCCAGUUGGACAAAGUGCUUACAGAUCGGAGAGGACUGGUUCGAAGAUAACGAGGCGCUGGAUGCUCAGGGACACACAAAGUCAGUGAGGCAGGCUGCGCACGAGAUCACCUCCAUCCAUAAGACUUUGCAUGAGCAACAAUUGACCCCCUCACUUCCAGCAACUUGCAUAGCUACGGUUUGCACGGCUGUGUUUGUCCAUCUACUGGACGCUAGGUCGAUGCCAGGGACCAUCCGAGAUUCAGCCUUAGAGCACCUCGACACUUGUCUAACCGUCCUCCGCGAACUUGGACAUAUGAACGAGGCUGCCACAGACAUCACAAGGAUUGUCGACUCUGCCGUUCAAGCGGUCAAAGGCUCAUCCGCUUCCUCGACUCGCCAGGAGAAUGUCUCGUCACCGACCGGUACGGCGGGUUCGACCCGGUCUCGGUUCACGAAUGACGGCCCUCCCAGCUUUAUGGAAGGAGUUGUGCCUGACCAACUCCCGAACCACCGUCAUCAUGGUAUCUCGAGCCCUCGGGAUCCGUUCGGAUUGGGCUUCGAAUUCGGGGGUCAGGACCUAUUUUCCGGACUCGAGAACUUUUUCGACUUUGAACUCAUCGAAAGUGUAAAUUCAUUGGCAGGAGCUUGA